AAUUUGGAGGCUGGUGGGUUUAUAAUAGAGGCCGGGCUAAGAACGUAGGCAGAGCAAGGUGAAAGUUCCUGGACAAUGGAGACCUGGAGUGGACGCUAGGUACGUCCUGGUAUUGAGGGCAGUUUGGAAAGGGUUAGAAGCCCUGGAGGGUAAUGAAGUACUGUUUAGAAGGGGAUGCAGGAGCAUCUUUGGUGGAGUAGGAGUUGGCUCACAAAAGGAGGCAGUCUAGGAAGUAGAGAACCAAUGCAGAAUAGUAGAAGAGGGAUAUCAAACUGGGGAAAAUUCACUGGACGCUACCAUACAGGGCCAUCCUGCUAGUCUUGACUACCCGCAGCUAUGCUGGGAAGCUCACCACCUUACAAAACAACCCUUUCAGGCCGCAGGGAGUUGGGAGACUUCAUGUAUCUGUCGUGCAUCAAUGCAACAUUGAUUGGAUGCGUUCUGUGUAGACAGGGUUACAAAGAUGGCCGAGUCUCACCAGUCUCCAAGUUAUUCACAUCCUAGGAAGGAAGACUGACACAUAACCCUGCAAUUACAGCAAAGUGUGUUAACACCUGAACAGAAAUGUAUACAAAGGGGGACCAAGGCCUUCUAGAGAGCAAUUAAAUAAGACUGCUAAGGGAGUUAGAGAUCUGUUGAGAUCUGAAAGCUGAUGAGUUCCUCAGGAAGGUGUGAGGGAAAGGCAUGCCAGUUAGAGGGAAUGGUUCUGCAAUCUUGGCUGCAAUGGACUUGGAGUGUUUGGGAGAACAGCAGCCUGAACUGCAUGGAGUGGAGCCUCUUGCCCCCUGCCACGGAGGAUAUGAUGGCACAGACGUCUGUGGUGAAGGGCCGCUUCAUGGGGGACCCCUCACAUGAGUAUGAACACACUGAGCUGCAGAAGAUAAACGAGGGCGGAAAGGUCCUUGAAGAGGAAGUGGUGGUCCAGAUCAAGGAAGAGACCCGCUUGGUGUCUAUCAUCGACCAGAUUGACAAGGCUGUGGCUAUCAUCCCCCGAGGAGCCCUUUUUAAGACCCCUUUUGGACCUAUCCAUGUCAAUCGGACUUUUGAAGGACUCUCCUUGUCUGAAGCCAAGAAGCUCAGUUCCUACUUCCACUUCAGGGAGCCUGUUCAGCUGAAGAACAAGACCUUGCUUGAGAAGGCUGACCUGGAUCCCUCCCUGGACUUCAUGGACUCCUUAGAGCAUGACAUCCCCAAAGGGUCCUGGAGCAUCCAGAUGGAGAGGGGCAACGCACUGGUGGUGCUGCGCAGCCUGCUCUGGCCAGGCCUCACCUUCUUCCAUGCUCCCCGCACCAAGAACUGUGGCUACAUCUACGUGGGUACCGGUGAGAAGAACAUAGACCUCCCCUUCAUGCUCUAGGGGGGGGCAGGGGUGUCAGCCUGGAGGGUUUAUGUAGAGUCUGAACAUUAUUUUCAUAAAUUGCAGUGGAUUUGC